AUGACCGAAAACGACAAGAACUGCCGCUUUGAAGGCUACUUCACCUAUCGACCUCUCUCCAACCUACCUACACCACCACCGAGCUCUCGCAACUCAUCCGCCGCCCAGUCACCACGAACGACUCUCGAUGAUGGAGAACCAUUGAUGCCUCGAUUUAGAGGCCCGGCUAUUCACCUCGUCAACCUCAUUCCAUCAUCCGCCUCAUUGGCCAUGGCCUCGAUCCCUCUCGUUCAAGCCAUCUUGAGCCGAGCCAACCUCCCAAUCGAAACUGUUGCUCUUGCAGUAUGCAUCCUCGACAGUCUCGAUUCCCGCUUCGCCCGUCGCUGGCGCCUCUCUUGCCCUCUGUUAUCCGACUACUUCUCUCCUACAUCUAAGCGACACACUCUUCCCGCCGCACCCAUCAUGCCUCAGCGACAACAGCUUCACAUCGACUCAGUCAACCCAGAGAUCAUCAUCCUAGCAGCCCUUGUCAUUGCUGUUAAAUUCACAGAGGAUCCUCAGGAUGCUUCUCAGUAUUAUUGCAAGGUGUGGGGACGCGGAAUGUGGUCUCAUCAGCAGCUCAAUGCCACGGAGCGAUGCAUCAUGGAGAAUCUCAACUACCGCAUCUUGCCCCUUUGCGAGGACGAUUGUCUGACGGAUGCCAUGGUGGACAUGCAACUCGCUGCUCAGCAGCAACCCGACUGGGAACUCAACGAGUACAUGCCCAUGGACAGCGACGAGGAGAGCGACGAUGGCGCUGCCAUCAACCACUACAUGCCGAGUCACUCUCGUUCAAAGACUCUCGGCUCAGGAUCAGCAGUCUUGGGACUGGGCCUCUCUCUCACUCCAGUCGAUACUCCAACAGCCGAGGUCAACCAUGCGACUACCCCGCAACCAUCAGGGCUUUGCAACGACUACUUCAACCAUUACCAGGCACAAGAUGAAUGA